AAACUUAAAUAUUUAUUUUGAAUAUUUGAUCAAUUAUCUAUCUUUAUGAAUUAUUGAUCAAGAAACAAAAUUUAAAGAACAUCGGGGACUUGAAAAAGUAAUGGAAAUUUCACAAAACCGAAAAGCAAACGGUUAAUUCGGUUUUACAAAGACCAAACAGAAAAUUCAAUAAUUCGGUUUGGUUCGGUUUAAUUACACCUAACAAAAAAGUUGGUACAUUCGUUUUUAUUUUUCCGCCAUUCUUGUCGAUCUUCUUCAGUCGUAAAACCGCCGCGUCUCUGCUGACCCUUCUCUUCUCAUUUCAUCGACGGGAGAAAAUCCGAUACCAUCUGAGAUUUCCAACAGUGAAAUUAAGAUGUCAACAGGAAUAUCCACUGAUCUACACGUCCAUUUUGGAGCUCUGAAUUUCUCAAAAACCUACAAAUCUGGUUUAAGCAAUCGAACGGUGUCUUUUUCGAGAGUCGGGUAUGCUCAGAACAGGAAAUUGAGCUGCAGUGUUUCCAACACAGAGAAUGUAGCUCCUAAGGAUGAUGAAAGAGGAAAGGAUAGACCUUUGGUUAAGAUGUGUGGCAUCACAUCAGCCAGAGAUGCAGCUAUGGCAGUUGAGGCUGGUGCCGAUUUUAUUGGGAUGAUUAUUUGGCCACAUUCAAAACGAUCCAUUUCUCUUUCUGUCGCAAAGGAUAUCUCCAAAGUGGCCAGGGAAGGUGGGGCCAAACCUGUUGGUGUUUUUGUUGAAGAUGAUGACAACACGAUACUGAGAGCAGCUGAUUCCUCUGACCUUGAGCUUGUGCAGCUUCAUGGUAAUGGUUCGCGUGCUGCUUUCUCGAGGUUAGUACGCAAGAGGAGAGUCAUAUAUGUCCUUAAUGCAAAUCAGGAUGGAAAGCUCUUGAAUGAAGUUCCUGAAGAGGAUUGUCAUCUUGCUGAUUGGAUUCUUGUGGAUAGUGCAACGGGUGGGAGUGGACACGGAUUUAACUGGGCUCAAUUCAAGUUGCCUUCCGUCAGAAGCAGAAAUGGGUGGCUCUUAGCUGGGGGAAUCAAUCCAACAAAUGUUUCAGAAGCUCUUUCUAUCCUUCAACCUGAUGGAAUUGAUGUUAGUAGCGGUAUUUGCGGUACAGACGGUAUCCAGAAGGAUAAGUCUAAGAUAAGCUCCUUUAUAACUGCAGUUCGCUCUGUACACUACUAAUGGCAAGCAAUAUAAACCAAGGUAAUUUAUCUUGUAACUAUAGUUUUGAGCAUCAACCUGUUGUUUCCAAUCCAUGUCAUUAAGUUUUGAAUUGUAACUGGCUGAUAAUAAUAAUAAUGCCCUUUCUUUUCAUCAGUAGUAGAUUUAAAUUAAAAGCGUUGGGUUGUCACCGUAAUAAUGUCGUUGGGCUCUCAAGAACAAGAUCCUUGUAUGAAAUGUAUUCUACUGAUCAUAUCUUAUUUCAUUUGAUCGAGAGUUUUACC